GGGGGUCCCGGGCACCUCCUCCUGCUGCUGGUGACCGGCGCAUGCGCCAUGCUGCGCAUCCCCCUGCAGAGGGGUCCCUGGGUCCCCCCCAAGUUCUGGGGGGGCUGGGGGGGCCCCCGAAGCCGCAGCGGGGGAGGGGCGGCCGCCGCCCCCGUGCGUCUGCACAACUACAUGGAUGCUCAGUACUAUGGCACCGUGUACUUGGGGACCCCCCCCCAACGCUUCCGGGUCAUCUUCGACACUGGCUCCGCUGACCUCUGGGUGCCCUCGUCCCGGUGCUGCCUGCUCUACCUGGCCUGCUGGCUGCACCCCCAUUACCAGCCGGCGCUGUCCUGCACCCACCGCCCCAACGGCACCUCCUUCGCCAUCAGCUACGGCAGCGGCAGCCUCCGGGGCUACCUGAGCGAGGACACGCUCACGGUAGCCAACGUGUCAGUGCCGGGUCAGGUGUUUGCCGAGGCUGUGGCGCUGCCGGGGUUGGCGUUCGCGGUGGCGCGGUUCGAUGGGGUGUUGGGGCUGGCGUACCCCGGUGCUGCCGCCGGCCCCGCGCGGCCUGUGUUCGACACCAUGAUGGAGCAGGGGCUGUUCAGCAGCAACGUCUUCUCCUUCCGCCUGCGCAGUGGGGCAGACGAGGGCGACGGGGGGGAGCUGCUGUUGGGGGGCAUUGACGAGUCCCAGUUCGAGGGUCCCCUCCGCUACAUCCCAGUAUCGCGCCGCAGCUACUGGCAACUGCACAUGGACAGGGUGUCCGUGGGCUCACCCGGGUCCGUGGGGUGCAGGGACCCCCCCCUAUGCCGGGGGGGCUGCGAGGCCAUCGUGGACACAGGCACAUCCCUCAUCACCGGCCCCAGCAAGGACAUCGCUGCCAUGCAGAAGGCACUGGGGGGGACCCCCACCAUGGGGGGGCAGUACCUGAUAGACUGUACCAAGGUCCAGUCUCUGCCCAACAUCACCUUCGUGCUGGAGGGGGAGGGGUUCAUGAUCACACCCCAAGAAUACGUCCUGAAGGUGUCCCAGGGCCCCUCCCCCACCUGUGUUCUCGGUUUCAUGUCCCUGGACGUGCCCCCCCCCAACGGCCCCAUAUGGAUCCUGGGGGAUGUUUUCCUCCGACGCUUCUAUGCCGUGUUCGACCGGGACCGGAACCGCGUGGGGCUGGCACGGAGCACGUGACCGCGGGGGGGUCCUCUCUGCCCCCCCCCCGCUCAUGGGGGGGUCCCGGUCCCCCUUUGGGGUGCCCCAAUAAAGGUGCUGCUGUGGGAUCUGC